UGCCAUGCCAUGCCAAUGGCAGCUUGGCAUUGCGACUGUUAUUAUACUGUUUUCCCCGCGAAAAAAGAAAAGCUUUUCGGAAUUUGUUUAUUCUGUGAAGAACUGGAAAGGUGAGAGACAAGAGAGAGAAAGCUCGUGGUGCUCAAAUGGCCGUCUUCAUCUCACUCUUUUUGCUUCUGUCUCCUCCUCCUCUGUUCCGAGCUCUGCAACUUAUCGGAGAAGGUUGGACGCCACAAUCCAAUGGUGAAGGAUACGGAGUAUUACGAUGUUCUUGGUGUUAGUCCUUCCGCUUCGGAGGAGGAGAUCCGGAAGGCCUACUAUCUCAAGGCAAGACAGGUUCAUCCUGACAAAAAUCCAAAUGAUCCUCAAGCAGCUGAAAGAUUUCAGGUACUGGGAGAAGCUUAUCAGGUUUUGAGUGAUCCUGUGCAAAGAGAGGCAUAUGACCAGAACGGAAAAUACUGCAUAUCUAGGGAAACUAUGCUAGAUCCUACUGCUGUUUUUGCACUUCUAUUUGGAAGUGAAUUAUUUGAGGAUUACGUAGGACAUCUUGCUGUGGCAUCAAUGGCAUCCUCUGAAUUGGCUACUGAAUGUGACAACCCAGAAAAACUACAUGAUAGAUUGAAGGCUGUCCAAAAGGAGAGGGAAGAAAAGCUUGCUCGGAUACUGAAAGAUUUUCUUAAUCGAUAUGUUCAUGGUGACAAGGAGGGAUUCAUACAUCAUGCUGCAUCUGAAGCAAAACGACUUUCUGAUGCAGCUUUUGGAGCUGAUAUUUUACACACCAUUGGCUACAUAUAUGAAAGACAAGCAGCUCAACAGUUAGGAAAAAAAGCAAUUUACUUAGGAGUUCCAUUUUUGGCUGAAUGGGUGCGGAAUAAAGGGCAUUUCUGGAAGUCACAAAUCACAGCAGCAAAAGGUGCUUUUCAGUUACUACAACUGCAAGAAGACGUGCGGCGGCAAUUUAAGAUGGAUGGUAGUGGCCCAGAAAAUAACCUUGAAUCACAUAUGCAGUUGAAUAAGGACACACUGAUGAACUCGUUAUGGAAACUGAAUGUGGUAGACAUUGAAGUAACUCUUUUACAUGUGUGCCAAAUGGUGUUACAAGAAACUAAUAUUAAGAAGGAAGAACUUAAAGCUCGUGCAUUAGCUCUGAAAAUUCUUGGGAAGAUAUUUCAGAGAGAGAAAAAUUCACAAAAUGGUGGAGUUUCCAAAAAGAAAAAUGUCUCUGAUGCUUAUGAAGAUGGAAGCAGUUCUGAUAGCACUUCUGUUGAGGAUUCACCAAGAACACUCUCAUAUCGAACUCCUCUAAUCACUCAGGGUAUUGGUAGACUCUUCAGGUGCCUCUGUAAUCCUGCAUUUGAGGUGGACGAUGACGAGAUUGUGUACAAAAGCAAGUAAUGCUUUGAUACUCUUUCCAUUUGUAGCAAGGACUGACAGCAGAAGCUUGUGAACAUCAAAUGCUACACCCUGGUUGAAGAUCGUAGCCAAGGUGGAGUGGUGCAAGCCCUCAAAUGUUGUAUUUCCUAUUGUUAUAUCAAUUUUUUGUGUGCAUGUGUGUAUUUUUCACAAACCUCAUUAAGGAUUUGUUAUGUACUAAAAGAACUGAACAAUGAUUGCAGAAAGCUAGUCACAGCUGGCGAUUGAAUAUGUAUUAGGAAUACAGAAAUGAAUGAUACUGAUCAGCAGACUAGUCAAUUUUUUUCUGAUCCAAAUUACUGGUGGA